UUCGUUCGUUUGUUUGUUGUUUGUUCUAAAUUUGUUUGUUUUUUCUCCCGAAAAAAAAUCAGUUAAUCAACAAAAUAUGUAUGAUCUCAAUGAUUAUGAUAUCAAAUCAUCAUCAUCAUCAUCGGCUUCAAAAGCAGCGACGACUAUUCCAAAAUCAUCAUCGAUAAUAAUUGAAAAAUUAAAUAAUGUAGAUAUGGAUCCUGAUCCUCGUGUUCAAGUUGAAUUGGAAAAUUUAAAUACCUCCACUGAAUUUAUCAAUAAAUUAGAAUUGGAAUUAGAGAAAGCUCGUCUUGAAUUUAAUAAUCUUUUAACCGAAUCAGCUGUUAAAAUUGAAUCAUUAUCAAAAAAAUUAGGUACAUCAAUCAAUAAAGCAAGACCAUAUUAUGAAACACGUCAAAUUGCAAAUGAAUUACAUCAAAAAGCACAAAAAGAAGCGCUACGUUAUGAACAGGCAACAAUUGAACAUAAUAAUGCAAAAGAAAUUGUACAAUUAGCCGAACAAACAAUACAACAAAAUAGUGAUAUUGAAUUGGAACAAUUAUUAACCAAAUCAGCUGAAAAAGUUAAUCAAUCUGAAUCGGAAAGACAAGCAGCAGAAAAACAACAUCUUAUUACAUCACGUGAAUAUUCUAUUACGGAACAAAAUUUAUCCAAAUUACAUAAUCAAUUAAAACGUUCGAUUGUUAAAGCCAGUAUGGAAACUAGACGUAAUUUUCUUGAGCUUAAUAAUUAUGCUAAUCAACAUCGAUUGCAAUUGUUGCCAUAUUUCGAGAUGAAAGCACAAUUUAAUCAGAUGCUUGAAGAACAGAUAAUGAAAAUUCGUUCAUACGAAACACGUGUUAAUAAAGCUAAACAAAAUUAUACAAAAGCAUUAAAACGAUUGGAAGAAUUGAAUAAUAAAAUCUAUGAACAAAGAUUAUCAUCAUCAUCAUCAGGAUCAUCAGAAUCAGAAUCGGGAUCAUCUUCACCAUCAUCGAUGGAGAAUUCUUCGUCAACAACAACAACAACAACAUUGAUAACAAAUGAAGAAUUGGAACAAUUUCUUGAUCCAUAUUAUUUUAUUCGUAAUUUACCGCCUUUAACACCGGACAUGCAACCACAACGUUGUCCGGUAUUGCCUUUAAAAACACGUAGCUCACCAGAAUUUACCUUGGUACUUGAUCUUGAUGAAACUCUUGUUCAUUGUUCAUUAACUAAAUUGGAUGAUGCAACAUUUUCAUUUCCAGUUACAUUUCAAGAAUGUGAAUAUAUGAUAUAUGUUCGUACUAGGCCUUUUUUUAAAGAAUUUCUUGAACAUGUUUCACGUAUGUUUGAAGUUAUUUUAUUUACUGCAUCGAAAAAAGUUUAUGCUGAUAAAUUGUUGAAUUUAUUGGAUCCAAAUCGUAAACUUGUCAAGUAUCGUUUAUUCAGGGAACAUUGUGUUUGUGUUAGUGGUAAUUAUAUAAAAGAUUUAACAAUAUUGGGUCGUGAUUUAUCCAAAACGAUCAUCAUUGAUAAUUCACCACAAGCAUUCGGUUAUCAGCUGGAAAAUGGAAUACCAAUUGAAUCAUGGUUUAUGGAUAAAAAUGAUAAUGAACUAUUGAAAUUAAUACCAUUUUUAGAGGAUCUCAUUACACAGAAUGAAGAUGUACGGCCUCAUAUUUGUAAUCGUUUUCAUUCAAAUUAUACUAGUCAAUUUCAACAACAACAACAACAAUAAUAACAUCAUUUUCAUCAUUUUAUUUAUUGAAUAUUCAUUAUCGAUAUCAUCAUCAUCAUCAAGGUCUAGUCGAUUACCAUUUUGUUUAUCAUCAUCAAUCAUCAAUCUACGAUUCGGGAUUACAAUUGUUAUCGCUAUCUAUUCUUAUGUC